CUCUUUCUCUCCGGCCUUCAAAGGGCGCUGGGGGCCUUGGGGCCUGAGCUUCAGGCUGCAGCCUAGGGGAACUGCCGUCUUCGGCCCGCCGCGGGGCCCCCGGUGCGCUCCGUUCCCUCGAUUUCCGCAGCGUCCCGCGCUUCAGGAGCAGGUGCCGGGACCGCCUGCGCGGCUGCUCUAACUUGUGCCUCCUAGCGGAUCGCAGCCGCUGGCCACUCGCGCAGGGGAAGGGCGCGCAGGCGGGCACAUGGAGAGCGGCGGUGGGAAUGCUUCGGCGGGGGCCCUCGGGGCGGCGAGCGAGUCCCCUCAGUGCCCGCCGCCGCCGGGGGUGGAGGGCGCGGCCGGGCCGGCGGAGCCCGACGGGGCGGCGGAGGGCGCGGCAGGCGGCAGCGGCGAGGGCGAGAGUGGGGGCGGGCCGCGGCGGGCUCUGCGGGCAGUAUACGUGCGCAGUGAGAGCUCCCAGGGCGGCGCGGCCGGCGGCCCGGAGGCUGGGGCGCGGCAGUGCCUGCUGCGGGCCUGCGAGGCCGAGGGCGCUCACCUCAGCUCCGUGCCCUUCGGGGAGCUGGACUUCGGGGAGACGGCCGUGCUCGACGCCUUCUACGACGCAGAUGUUGCUGUGGUAGACAUGAGCGAUGUCUCCAGACAGCCUUCCCUCUUCUACCAUCUUGGAGUCCGAGAAAGCUUUGACAUGGCCAAUAAUGUGAUCUUGUACCAUGACACCGAUGCCGACACUGCUCUCUCUUUGAAGGACAUGGUAAUUCAAAAAAACACAGCAUCCAGUGGAAAUUAUUAUUUCAUCCCAUACAUCGUGACACCGUGCGCUGAUUAUUUUUGCUGUGAGAGUGAUGCCCAGAGACGAGCCUCCGAGUACAUGCAGCCCAACUGGGACAACAUCCUGGGCCCGCUGUGCAUGCCUUUGGUGGACAGGUUCAUUAGCCUUCUUAAGGACAUCCACGUGACCUCAUGUGUUUAUUACAAAGAAACCUUGUUAAAUGACAUCCGGAAAGCCAGAGAGAAAUACCAAGGUGAGGAACUGGCGAAGGAGUUAGCUCGGAUCAAGCUCCGCAUGGAUAAUACUGAGGUUCUGACCUCAGACAUCAUCAUUAACUUACUCCUGUCGUACCGUGAUAUCCAGGACUAUGAUGCGAUGGUGAAGCUGGUAGAAACACUGGAGAUGCUGCCUACGUGUGAUUUGGCCGAUCAGCAUAACAUUAAAUUCCACUAUGCGUUUGCACUGAAUAGGAGAAACAGCACAGGUGACCGUGAGAAGGCUCUGCAGAUCAUGCUCCAGGUUCUGCAGAGCUGUGAUCACCCGGGCCCCGACAUGUUCUGCCUGUGUGGGAGGAUCUACAAGGACAUCUUCUUGGAUUCAGACUGCAAAGAUGACACCAGCCGCGACAGCGCCAUUGAGUGGUAUCACAAAGGGUUUGAACUCCAGUCAUCUCUCUAUUCGGGAAUUAAUCUUGCAGUUUUGCUGAUUGUUGCUGGACAACAAUUUGAAACUUCCUUGGAACUAAGGAAAAUAGGUGUCCGGCUGAACAGUUUGUUGGGAAGAAAAGGGAGCUUGGAGAAAAUGAACAAUUACUGGGAUGUGGGUCAGUUCUUCAUCGUCAGCAUGCUGGCCAAUGAUGUCGGGAAAGCCGUCCAGGCAGCAGAGAGGUUGUUCAAACUGAAACCUCCAGUCUGGUACCUGCGAUCAUUAGUUCAGAACUUGUUACUAAUUCGGCGCUUCAAGAAACCCAUUAUUGAACACUCGCCCAGGCAAGAGCGGCUGAACUUCUGGUUAGAUAUAAUUUUUGAGGCAACAAAUGAAGUCACUAAUGGACUCAGAUUUCCAGUUCUGGUGAUAGAGCCAACCAAAGUGUACCAGCCUUCUUAUGUUUCCAUAAACAAUGAAGCCGAGGAGAGAACAGUUUCUUUAUGGCAUGUCUCACCCACAGAAAUGAAACAGAUGCACGAAUGGAAUUUUACAGCCUCUUCCAUAAAGGGAAUAAGCCUAUCAAAGUUUGAUGAACGGUGUUGUUUUCUUUAUGUCCAUGAUAAUUCUGAUGACUUUCAAAUCUACUUUUCCACCGAAGAGCAGUGCAGUAGAUUUUUCUCUUUGGUCAAAGAGAUGAUAACCAAUACAGCAGGCAGUACAGUGGAGCUGGAGGGAGAGACCGAUGGAGACACCUUGGAGUAUGAGUAUGACCAUGAUGCAAAUGGUGAGAGAGUUGUCUUGGGGAAAGGCACAUAUGGGAUUGUGUAUGCUGGCCGAGAUCUGAGCAAUCAAGUGCGAAUAGCCAUCAAAGAAAUCCCGGAGAGAGAUAGCAGGUAUUCUCAGCCUCUGCACGAGGAGAUAGCCCUGCACAAGUACCUUAAGCACCGCAAUAUCGUUCAGUACCUGGGCUCUGUUUCAGAGAACGGCUACAUUAAGAUAUUUAUGGAGCAGGUGCCUGGAGGAAGCCUUUCUGCUCUUCUGCGAUCCAAAUGGGGGCCGAUGAAGGAACCGACAAUCAAGUUUUACACCAAACAGAUCCUGGAGGGCCUUAAGUAUCUCCAUGAAAACCAGAUCGUGCACAGAGACAUAAAGGGCGAUAAUGUUCUGGUGAACACCUACAGCGGAGUGGUGAAAAUCUCCGAUUUUGGAACCUCGAAACGUCUUGCGGGUGUGAACCCCUGCACAGAGACUUUUACUGGCACCCUGCAGUACAUGGCACCUGAGAUAAUUGACCAAGGGCCUCGCGGAUAUGGUGCCCCAGCCGAUAUCUGGUCCCUGGGCUGCACCAUCAUUGAGAUGGCCACCAGCAAGCCUCCGUUCCAUGAGCUUGGUGAGCCGCAGGCAGCCAUGUUCAAAGUGGGCAUGUUUAAGAUCCACCCUGAGAUUCCAGAAGCCCUUUCAGCUGAAGCCCGAGCCUUCAUUUUAUCCUGUUUCGAGCCUGACCCCCACAAACGUGCCACCACUGCUGAGCUACUGAGAGAGGGUUUCUUAAGGCAGGUGAACAAGGGCAAGAAGAACCGAAUUGCCUUCAAGCCCUCAGAAGGUCCCCGCGGUGUCGUCCUGGCCCUGCCCACACAGGGGGAGCCCAUGGCCACCAGCAGCAGCGAGCAUGGCUCUGUCUCCCCAGACUCCGACGCCCAGCCUGACGCACUCUUUGAGAGGACCCGGGCGCCCAGGCACCACCUUGGCCACCUCCUCAGUGUUCCAGACGAGAGCUCAGCCUUGGAAGACCGGGGCUUGGCCUCGUCCCCGGAGGACAGGGACCAGGGCCUCUUCCUGCUACGCAAGGACAGUGAGCGCCGUGCCAUCCUGUACAAAAUCCUCUGGGAGGAGCAGAACCAGGUGGCUUCCAACCUGCAGGAGUGUGUGGCCCAGAGUUCCGAAGAGUUGCAUCUCUCAGUUGGACACAUCAAGCAAAUCAUUGGGAUCCUGAGGGACUUCAUCCGUUCCCCAGAGCACCGGGUGAUGGCGACCACAAUAUCAAAGCUCAAGGUGGACCUGGACUUUGACAGCUCGUCCAUCAGUCAGAUUCACCUGGUGCUGUUCGGAUUUCAGGAUGCCGUAAAUAAAAUUUUGAGGAACCACUUAAUUAGGCCCCACUGGAUGUUCGCGAUGGACAACAUCAUCCGUCGAGCGGUGCAGGCCGCGGUCACCAUUCUCAUCCCAGAGCUCCGAGCCCACUUUGAGCCUACCUGUGAGACUGAAGGGGUAGAUAAGGACAUGGAUGAAGCGGAAGAGGGCUAUCCCCCAGCCACCGGACCUGGCCAGGAGGCCCAGCCCCACCAGCAGCACCUGAGCCUCCAGCUGGGUGAGCUCAGACAGGAGACCAACAGACUUUUGGAACACCUAGUUGAAAAAGAGAGAGAGUACCAGAAUCUUCUGCGGCAAACUCUAGAACAGAAAACUCAAGAAUUGUAUCACCUUCAGUUAAAAUUAAAAUCGAAUUGUAUUACAGAGAACCCAGCAGGCCCCUACGGGCAGAGAACAGAUAAAGAGCUUAUAGACUGGUUGCGGCUGCAAGGAGCUGAUGCAAAGACAAUUGAAAAGAUUGUUGAAGAGGGUUAUACACUUUCGGAUAUUCUUAAUGAGAUCACUAAGGAAGAUCUAAGAUACCUUCGACUACGGGGUGGUCUCCUCUGCAGACUCUGGAAUGCGGUCUCCCAGUACAGAAGGGCUCAGGAGGCCUCAGAAACCAAAGACAAGGCUUGA